AUGGAGCAUUUAUUGUUCAGCUGCAGUCAUGCUCGUAAAGUCUGGAGAUUGAUGAAUAUUAAUGUGGAUGAAGUUCACAAUAGAGGAAUAAGUAUAUCUCAGUGGGUAGAAAGUUGGUUUAUAAACAAUAAUGGUAUGGCUGAUGAAAAAUUACUAUACACUAUGAUGAUAAGUGCUUGGAUAAUAUGGAAGGAUAGGUGCGACGUGGUAUUCCAAGGAGUUUCUCUAAACCCUUUUGGUUCAAUGCAUAAGAUUCAUUAUCACCUGCAAUCUCAUAUGCCUGACUUGCCUGCACACAUGCAUCUUAAUAGCACAUAUAGAGUUUCUCAUUGGCAACCUCCCAUCCAUGAUACAUUAAAAUUUAACGUAGACGCCUCUUUUAAUCAUGAUACUAAUCAGCUUGGUACUGUUAUUGUCUUACGUUCACACACAGGUACAUGCGAAGGAAUUAAAGGACGCUACGCAGAUGGAAUUCUAAGUCCGGAGAUGGGAGAAUGCAUGGCAAUACGUGAAGCUCUUGCGUGGGCUAAAGAGAAAAAGUUCACAAAGAUUCACAUAGAAGCUGAUGCGAAACUGGUUAUUUAG